GUAGUCAAAAUCUUGUGUCCCCAUUAAUGCUUCUUCUCCCACUGAAGUUUUCUUAUAUAUUUCCCUGAUUUAGUUAGAAACUUAAUCAUUAACCCCCAUUAUUGUUCUUCUUCCUUACCCAAAAUUUUAGCAUGCCAAAAUUAAAAGCAAAACUGCCAUUGUUGGGUCACCUAAUGCCCGCUUUUGCUUUAUUUGUAAUUCUAUUUCCUGCUGUUUGUUUUGCUAGGCAUCUUGACUGCGGCUCUACUUUCUGUGGGAAUUUGAAUAUCAGUUUUCCAUUCCGAUUAAAAAACCAACCUCUCCACUGUGGUCCUUAUGGCUUUGAACUUGAGUGUGAGAAUAACAAUCGCACCACUUUGGUUGGGAGAGGAGGGAAAUUCUCUGUCCAACAAAUCUUUUACGAAGAUUAUACAAUACGAAUGGUCGAUGCGAGCUUGGACACUGAUGAUUGCAACUCCCUUCCUCUUAGUUCUGUAUAUCCUUCUUAUUAUACUUAUAGUUAUUCUUCUUCUUUUUCUAAUAAUUAUUAUUAUUAUUAUAAUAAAUAUUAUAAUGAUAUGAGGUUAGAGGGUAGCACUAUUUAUGUUAUGAAUUGUACGAAACCUAUAAAAUCAUCACUUUAUAUUGAGGCUUCUCGUUGUACCAUCAAAUCCAAUACCUCCUCUUCCAUUCCAACUUCCUAUUUUUAUUUUUUAAAUGAAAACACCCACCCAUCUGAUAUCAAUCAAGCUUGCACUAUCAAAGCAGAGGUUCCAAUUAUGGUUAAUAGUAUAACAGGCAUGUCUACGCUGGAUAUCUACAAAAAACUAUCAGAGGGUUUUUGGGUCCAAUGGAGAUGCCGUUACCAGAGUUGUACUAGAAACAAAGUUUGGUUUAAAGAUAUAUUGUGGGCGGUGUCAUAUCGCAUCAGUGUCUAUUUUUGGUGCAUUUCAGAUGUAAUUGAUUACUAUCAUGAUACUGAUCAUACUUGUUUUGUUGUAACAGUUGGGGUCAUCAUAUUGAGGGUUUUGCCUGGGAUACUUUGUUUGUCUGGCCUUGUUAUCUACAAAUGGAGAAGAAGACAUUUAUCCAUGGAUGAUAAGAUUGAAGAGUUUCUUCAAAGCCACAAUCUAGCACCAAUUAGCUAUUCUUUCAAAGAAAUUAAAAAAAUGACUAAAAAUUUUAAAAAUAAACUAGGUGAAGGGGGCUAUGGUUCGGUGUUUAAGGGAAAGCUUCGUAGUGGACAUCAUGUGGCUAUAAAACUGUUAGAUAAGUCAAAGGGGAACGGCCAAGAUUUUAUAAAUGAAGUUGCUUCUAUCGGGAGAAUUCAUCAUGCUAAUGUGGUUAAACUUAUUGGAUUUUGCGUAGGGAGAUCAAAGCAAGCUUUGGUAUAUGAUUUCAUGCCUAAUGGAUCUUUAGAUAAAAUCAUAUUUACAGAAGAAAAUAAGAACACUUUGGGUUGGAAAAAAUUGUUUGAUAUUGUGCUUGGUGUGGCUCAAGGAAUUCACUACUUGCAUCAAGGAUGUGACAUGCAAAUUCUACAUUUUGAUAUCAAGCCGCACAACAUUCUUCUGGAUGAGAAUUUUAAUCCAAAAGUUUCCGAUUUUGGCCUUGCUAAAUUGUAUUCAGUAGAAGAUAGCAUUGUCUCUCUCACUGCAGCACGAGGAACAAUAGGAUAUAUUGCUCCUGAAUUGGUUUACAAAAAUCUUGGAGGCAUCUCAUACAAAGCCGAUGUUUAUAGUUUUGGAAUGUUAUUGAUGGAAAUAGUUGGAAGGAGAAAGAAUGUGAAUGCAUUUGCUGACCACACUAGUCAAAUAUAUUUUCCAUCAUGGAUUUAUGACCGAUUGGAUCAAGGAGAGGACAUGGAGCUGGGAGAUGUUUCUGAUGAUGAAAAAGUAAUGGUGAGAAAGAUGAUAAUAACAGCCUUUUGGUGCAUACAAUUAUUACCUAUUGAUCGUCCUUCAAUGAGCAAAGUACUAAAGAUGCUUGAAGGAGAUAUUGAACUCUGUGAGAUACCUCCUAAGCCAUUCCAUCAACUUCCUCUUGAAACAUCGAUGGAAGUCCAUGGUUGUGAGAGCUCUGUUGAUAAGCCAAGUACAUCAUCCUCGGCUGUUACUAUAAUUAAUUCAAAUGUCUAAUGAGGUUGGAAAUAUCUCAUUUCAUUAUCUCACCUUUAUAGUUUUAUAUUAAUUUUCUUUUAUACGUAUGUAGUAUCUUAUCAUGUGUGUUGUAUAUGUCGGCAGAUUUAUAUUUUUGUUCCCUAUCAAAGUUUGCAGCGAGCAUCCCAAAUUAUAGGAAAAAACUCCCUUUGUUUAGCCACCUAA